AUGGCGCGAACCAGGGAACUUCAACAGCAAUCUAUCGGCACUCACCUGGACUGCCCAGCUCAUCCUGUUCGACUUCGUGUGCUUCCAGAAGCAGGACGACGGCCGGCUGCCAAAGAAGAUGGAAUCAUCGCGGCCGCCCGUAGGCUGCAUAACGACCCAGAGCUACAGUUGCGUCGCCCUGGUCAGCGGGAUGCCAUGCUGGCGACCAUGGGUCCACGUGCACCUGAGCAGGUCAUCGUCGUUCUUGCAACGGGUUCGGGGAAGACAUUGGUAUUCAUGGUCGGAGCCACACUGGCGGGAGCUGAAACAACCAUCCUGAUCCUUCCCACUGUAGCCUUACGUGGUAAUAUGCUCGGGCGUCUUGAUAAAGUCGCGCUAAAGCACCAUAUCUGGCGCCCAGGCUCGAAGAAAUCAGCCCCCAUCGUUGUUGUAUCGGCCGAGGCAGCUUGUACAGAGGCGUUCCUAGAGUAUGCCAAUCGACUGUCUGGUAGACAGUGUCUAGAUCGGAUCGUGAUCGAUGAAUGCCAUCUCACGAUCACAGCAAGCUGUUACCGACGAAGUAUGUCGCAGCUAGCAUGGCACGUACGGCAGAUUCGUACACAGACUGUCUGGCUGACAGCGACACUACCACCAAUCUAUCAAGAGCUUUUCUUCGAGCACAAUAAGCUCGUGCGGCCGCAUAUCGUCAGAGAGUCAACAAAUCGUCCUAACAUCCGAUACAUCGUCCAGCAAGAACGUGGGCUAGGCAAUCUAUGUGAGCAGGCAGCUUGUCUUGCACAGUCUUGCUGGACCCGGACAGACCUGUUCAAGAGCGAGCGGGACCGGGUCAUUAUAUACUGCCCGACGAAGGAUCUCGUGGCAGAGCUUGCUGACAUGCUCGGCUGUCCGUCCUACACAGCCGAGUCCGGCACAGAAGAAGAGAAGAUGGCGAUCAUAGAGCGAUGGCUAACGGCAGCCGAUUCGCCCAUCAUCGUGGCGACGUCAGCGCUGGGUCCUGGGUUUGACUACCCUCAUAUUCGAUUGGUCAUUCACGUCGAUGCCCCGAGCCUUCUGACGGAUUUCUCUCAGGAGUCAGGUAGAGCGGGUCGGGAUGGCGAAGUAGCCGAGUCGAUCGUUUUACUUAGUGCAGCCUGGCAGCCGCAGUUAGGUCGACCUGUAGCAGCAGACAAAGAGGCCAUGCAACUGUAUCUUUUGCAGGAAUACUGCUCGCGCGGGGUCUUGAGCCAAUUCCUUGAUAGCAAACCUGACUGGCGGUGGUGCAUGGAGGGCGAUGAGCUCUGUAGCGUUUGUCCCGAGCAUCACGUGCAAUGCCGACCGCCUACCCUAGAGUUCCAUCUACCACGGCCCCUACGUGAUGAGACUGAAGCCGGACAGGACGGGGACAACGGCAGCGGUGACGUUGCCGUUAGUGAUGAUCUUUACUGGACCUGCCGAGGUGCUCCAUCAGGACCAAAAGGAAAAUCGUUUGAGCAUACCGUAACAGCUUGUGCUCGACGUUUUGAUUGGAUUCGAGCUAAGCAAAAGCACUUCGAGACUGCCAGAGCAAGAAGAAGGAAUGGAUGGACCGGCACGCUGUGUGCUGGAAGUGUUACCAGCCGCAAGAGAUCUGCCGAGCUGCGGAUCCAGAGUAAAUACAUCGAGGCGCGCUUUUCAUAUCAGACAACACGGCUUUGGCAAACUGCCUUGAGACGCACGCCAGUACGGAACGAACAACGCGGUGAGGCGCGUGUUGACCCACCUCAUCCGUACCUUCCCAUCGAUCCGCCUUGGUUUGAUGGUGGGAAUCGGAGGCGGGUGCCGGGCAAGGUCGACAUGCGUUUGGGCGACGUCGUUGUCGGGACGAGGGUGGUGCAGUACGAUCUAGGGAAGACUAUCGGAGACGGACAGAUCCAACGCACUGCGAUCCCGAAGAGCCCGCAUCACCUGCUUGGCACGGCCGUGUCGUCCCUACAAGCAAGGCAUGAACGAGACAGCAGCCGAAUCCUACUCAUAUUAGAGGAAAAGUUCGACGAAGACUCCCCGUACCGCCGCCCGACUACAGCGGACCGCCUCUUCUCCUCGACGUAUGAGCAUACCUCGCCAUCACCUAGUUGCGAUGGAUGCGACCGUUCGAAGCUGGUACCACGAAACAGGCGGAGCACGGAUAACCCGGUGAUUCACUAUGGAACGAUCGCUUCAGGGAACCAAGUCAUGAGGAACGGCAUCCAACGAGACAACAUCGCUCGACAGCUGGACGCCAUCUGUUUUGAGAUGGAGGCUGCCGGUCUGAUGGAUAUCCUCCCUUGCCUACCGAUUCGGGGAAUCUGCGACUACUCGGACUCUCACAAGAACAAGGAAUGGAGAUAUGCCGCGGCUGCCGCGGCUGCAUACACAAGGGAACUAGUGGCGGUGCUACCCGUCGUCGACGUUCCCAACCCUUAUAAACUAAGUUCAGUGCAAGAUGAUGGGGACAAGCAAUGCAUGAAAGACUUGCGCGAGACUGACCCUCGCGACGACAAGACACGCAUCCAAGAUACAAAGGGCGGCCUGCUCAGGGACUCUUACCGCUGGAUCCUCGAUAACGACGACUUCCAGCAAUGGCGUGAUAAUCCGCAGAGCCAGUUGCUCUGGAUCAAAGGUGACCCCGGUAAGGGCAAGACGAUGCUGCUAUGUGGUAUCAUCGACGAGCUGGAGAAGGAACCCGGCAAUCGCCUGUCUUAUUUCUUCUGCCAGGCCACCGAGGCACGACUGAGUAAUGCGACGGCCGUGCUGCGCGGUCUGAUCUACCUUCUAGUCGUCCAACAGCCGUCGCUCAUCUCGCAUGUUCGGAAGAAACACGACCAUGCGGGCAAGCAGCUUUUCGAGGACGGGAAUGCCUGGGAAGCCUUAUCCAAGAUCCUCACGGCCAUGCUUAAUGACCCGGGCGUGGAUGGUGCGAUCCUGAUUGUUGAUGCCCUCGAUGAAUGCAAGACAAAUCGCCAUCAGCUUCUCGACUUCAUCACUAAACCUUCCCGCGUCAAGUGGAUCGUCUCUAGCCGUAACUGGCCGGACAUUGAGGAGAAACUGGACAAUUUGGAGCAGAAAGUCAGGCUGCGCCUUGAGUUGAACAAGGACUCAAUCUCCAAAGCUGUCAAUAACUACAUCGGAUACAAGGUGAACCGACUGGCAGGUCUUAAGAAAUACGACAAGGAAACAGGAGACGCUGUUCAACGUCUUGAUCCUCUCUAUAAGCGAAUGGUGGAACAUAUGAGCGAUUCGAAAGAUGCAGAUCGUUGCAAAGAGAUCCUCGCUCUUGCUUCGGUCGUAUACCGACCCAUCACCCUAGACGAGUUAAAGGCUCUUGCCCAGUCGCUCGAAGAUCUCGACCAGGAUGAGUUGGAAGAAAUCAUCGAUUCCUGUGGUUCUUUUCUGACUCUUCGAAACGGCGUCAUCUACUUUGUGCAUCAAUCAGCCAAAGAUUUCCUGCUCAAGAACGCGUCAAAACAAAUCCUACCUUCUGGCAUUGCGCACCAGCACUAUGCCCUCUUCUCGAGUCUCAACACGCCAGGAUUCUCCAUUGAUCAGGUCUCACCGACUAAUCCCGACCCAUUAUCCCCAAUUCGAUAUUCAUGCGUCUACUGGGUUGACCAUCUUCACGACUCAGAUGUCGCAGAAGUCAACGACAUUCUACGGGAUAACGGCAACGUCCAUGUAUUCAUCCAGAAGAAGUACUUGUAUUGGCUGGAAUGUCUUGGUCUGCUACGAAGCAUAUCGGAGGGAACCAAGGCGGUACACAAGCUCGAGGCUUUAGUGAAAAUCGCGGGAGCGCAGAAACUGACAGAACUACUUCGAGAUGCGCGCCGAUUCAUUCUUUCUCAUGCUCGCGCCAUCGAGAUUGCUCCAUUGCAGGCUUAUGCGUUCGCACUCGUGUUCAGUCCUGAACACAGUCUCACCAGAGAGCUCUUUAAGAAGGAGGAGCCGGAUUGGAUGGUAUUGAAGCCAAGAAUGGAGGCAGAUUGGAACGCUUACGAGAAGACGCUUGAGGGCCAUGGCGAUUCGGUGACGUCGGUGGUGUUCUCGGCAGAUGGCCAGCGUCUUGCAUCUGGCUCAGAUGAUAAGACAGUCAAGAUCUGGGACGCGGCCACGGGCGUAUGCGAGCAGACCCUCGAGGGCCAUGGCGAUUGGGUGAGGUCGGUGGUGUUCUCGGCAGAUGGCCAGCGUCUUGCAUCUGGCUCAGGUGAUAACACAGUCAAGAUCUGGGACGCGGCCACGGGCGCAUGCGAGCAGACUCUCGAGGGCCAUGGCUGGUCCGUGACGUCGGUGGUGUUCUCGGCAGAUGGCCAGCGUCUUGCAUCUGGCUCAGGUGAUAACACAGUCAAGAUCUGGGACGCGGCCACGGGCGCAUGCGAGCACUCGGAGGGCCAUGGCGAUUGGGUGAGGUCGGUGGUGUUCUCGGCAGAUGGCCAGCGUCUUGCAUCUGGCUCAGGUGAUAACACAGUCAAGAUCUGGGACGCGGCCACGGGCACAUGUGAGCAGACGCUCGAGGGCCAUGGCUAUUGGGUGAGGUCGGUGGUGUUCUCGGCAGAUGGCCAGCGUCUUGCAUCUGGCUCAGGUGAUAACACAGUCAAGAUCUGGGACGCGGCCACGGGCGUAUGCGAGCAGACGCUCGAGGGCCAUGGCGAUUCGGUGAUGUCGGUGGUGUUCUCGGCAGAUGGCCAGCGUCUUGCAUCUGGCUCAGGUGAUAACACAGUCAAGAUCUGGGACGCGGCCACGGGCGCAUGCGAGCAGACUCUCGAGGGCCAUGGCGAUUGGGUGAGCUCGGUGGUGUUCUCAGCAGAUGGCCAGCGUCUUGCAUCUGGCUCAGAUGAUAACACAGUCAAGAUCUGGGACGCAGCCACGGGCGCGUGCCUGCAGACGCUUAGCGUUAGCAGAGUGUUAUAUCACCUUUCAUUUGAUCCAAGGACAAAUUCUCUCCUCUAUACCGACAUUGGACUCCUAAACCUAUAUCACCCGGCUCUACCGCCUGCCGUUGAUGAUAGGUCGACUGAAAUAACCUUACGGGGUGUUCGCCAUUCUGGUUGGGGCAUAAGCACCAGCGGUGCAUGGAUUGUUCAAGAUGGAAAGGAGAUGCUUUGGCUACCUCCGGACUAUCGAGGGUGGAAACCGCUGUUGCUGGAUCAACUGUCGCUAUCGGCUGUCGAUCAGGUCGUGUGCUAG